AUGAAAUCGCAUAUUCAAGCUCUUGAGGAGCAGGCGAUUGCGGCGACAGUUCAAAGCAACGUGUUUGCUCAAGUAUGGGCCGAAGCAUUGCCGAAGAGUCUUCAUUGCUUAGAUGUGAAACUUACUUCUGAUUGGUUAAAGAAACCUUCUCUGCAAAAACUCUCAGAUCAGACGAGAAACUCGCUCCGGCUUACAGAUCAGAAUCUAUAUCAUUUCUGCAUCUUUUCGGAUAAUGUACUGGCAACAUCUGUCGUUGUUAACUCGACAGUUCUCAACGCUGAGUAUCCAAUGCAGUUAGUUUUUCAUAUUGUAACCGAUGGUGUCAACUAUGGAACAAUGCAAGCUUGGUUCCUCGGUAACGACUUUAAAGGAGCUACAAUAGAGGUGCAGAAUGUCGAAGAGUUUCAUUGGCUGAAUGAAUCUUAUUCUCCGAUUGUCAAACAGCUUCUCAAUUCAGAAUCUCGAGCCUUUUAUUUCGGGGCAUAUCCAAAUGUAAACGCUGAACCUAAACUGCGGAACAACAAGUUUUUGUCUUUACUAAAUCAUCUUCGGUUCUACAUCCCCGAGAUUUAUCCACAGCUUGAAAAGAUUGUUUUCCUCGACGACGACGUUGUUGUCCAGAAAGACCUAAUACCACUUUUCUCACUUGAAUUGCACGGAAACGUAAUCGGUGCAGUCGAAACCUGUCUUGAAGCAUUUCACCGGUACUACAAGUACCUCAACUUCACAAAUCCAAUCAUAAACUCAAAGUUCGAUCCACAGACAUGCGCGUGGUCAUUAGGCAUGAAUGUUUUCGACUUGAUUCAAUGGAGGAAAUCAAAUGUGACAGCAAUAUAUCACUACUGGCAAGAGCAGAAUGCCGAUGGGACGCUGUGGAAGCUCGGUACACUUUCUCCUGCACUUCUUAGUUUUUAUGGUUUGGUGGAACCACUUGACAGAAGAUGGCAUGUUUUAGGACUAGGUUACGACCUAAAUGUCGAUAAUCGAUUAAUCGAAAGUGCGGCUGUUAUUCACUUCAAUGGUAACAUGAAACCAUGGCUGAGAUUAUCUAUAAGCAGAUAUAGGCCAUUAUGGCACAAGUACAUAAAUCAUUGUCACCCUUAUUUCCAAGAAUGUGCUAUAGGUUAA